AUGGACGUCGCCCAAGUGGCUCUCCCAGUCACAGCGACGGCGCUGCUCGCCGCACUGCUGGUGUACCAGCUGUGGCCGGUGCUCUCGCUCCUCCCGUCGCUCAACAUCAAGUCGCUCCUCGUCCCGGCAGCGAAGCGUAACCUGCCGCGCGAGUUCUUCGGGCUGCCGCCGCGCGACACCAAGCCCUCGUUCUACUCCAAGCUCGGUCUGCGCGGCGCAAUCAGCCUCACGCUCGCGGCGCACGCCGCCGUCGCCCUCGUCGGCGGCUGGGUCUUUCUCGCUGCCGGCUCUGGCUCCACUGUAGCCCUCGCAGUCGCCCUCACACCCGUACCCGCCUGCAUUGCGCUCAUGGCAGGUUACUCCCUCGCCCUGGGGGCGGCCGGUGCGGGCAGGAACGAGGGCGAGCCGCCAGCGUCGGUGCCGGUGGUCGAGGCCCGCGAGAAGGACACAAACACUCGCCGCUUCGCCAACUGGUUAUUAGCUGGCGGAGGGGUCACCCACGCCUCUGUGUUCCCGCGUAUCUUUCCCCUCGCAUUCAUCCCCACCAUUGUUGCGGCAACGCUGGCCGGCACGAUGCCGUCGUAUGCCCGCCAGAUCCUGCUUGGCACGACCUCGGCCCUCGCUGCGGCGAGUAUCGGUCUCACUGCGGCCGGGGUGUACAAAGCCCGCCGGCAGCCGCGUGGGCCGAUCUUCCUCCCGUCACGCCCAGACAGUCCUUUGGCCGAUACGAGUGCUGAGGCGAUGCGCCACAUGAUGGAGGGCAGUAGCUGGUUGACUUCUUUCUCGCACAACGACACGAUGCAGCAGAGCUCCUUCUCGCUGUCGACCGAGGCGCCGACGCCACCUACCAAGGACGAGCGUACCGUCACCCCCCAGCGCCAGCGCACCCGCAGCAAAACGCAGAAUGGAUCGCCGACGUCGUGGAUCUCGUCCCGCAACUCGGCCGACUCGCACGCCUCCGUCCCCGAGUGGACGUUUGAGUCGCCCGAGAAGCCCAAGCCGGCGGCAGUGAGGAGCCGCUCGGCAUCCAUGCCGCUGGGGUCCCCGCCAGCAUAUGCAGACGCCAGCUCUAACGUCAACAUCUCCAACCCCGACACCACGGUCACCAACAGCUCGUCCAACACAUCGCACUCGUUCGUCACCGCAUCGGCCGGGGGUUCGAUUCUCGGCGAGUACGAGGCCAGCCCUUUCCAGCGACUCCCGCGCGGUUUCGAGUCCAUUGCGUCCAUGCCCCCGCUGCCUAGCCUGCCUAGCACCGCAUCGUUGAAGGGACCAGCCUCGAUGGUCUCGCACUCGGCUCUCAUUCCGCGUGGCUCGACGUGGACACUGGCCGCGUCGAGUGACUACCUCCCGACGCCCAGCACGGCCUAUACGCGCCUCAUGACGCCUGCCCUCCAGCCACAGGAGCUCGACCACAUGGACGUGGCUAUUCACCGCCAAGAGUCGACCACGUCUCUGCUCGACGGUCGCCGCAUGCUUCAGCCUUCGCUUUCGACCAUGCAUACGCCGAAGAAGCGCACGUCUCACCGCCCACCGCCACCCCUGCCCCUCCCUGCCGAUUUCCCACUCCCACCCACGCCUACCUCACAGACACCCCGCGACACGUGGGUCCUCCAUGACGAUCACGACGUCGAGCUCUACCUCGACUACUGGGUUACUGGCGACUGGGUUACCGUGCUCCCUGGCGGUGAGCGGGUUGACGAUUGGGGAAAGAGCGACCGCGGGGCCGUGUCUCUGGCUGUCCUCUGCGUUCUUGCCUGCUAUGCCCUUGACAUGCCGCUCCUCGUGUUCGGUCCCACCACUGCUGCGCUCUGGUCUUUCGCAGCGUCUAUCACCCUUCCUGCACCGGUUCUCUGCCUAGCUUCUUACCUCAUGCGCUCGCGCGGAAAGGCACAGGUGUACCGCAAGAAGACGUCCACGAGCUCGGCGGACACCCACGUCUCGCUCGCACUCAUGGCUGAAGUCGACCUGCCCUUCCCCCUCGAUCUCUCGCCAAAGCUCACACCACCGCUCAAGCAGCCAUUCCGCACUGACGGUGGCGAGCUUCGCACCGACAAGGUUCUCCGUCCCAAGCCUUCCCUCACAACGUUCGGCUUCAUUCCACGGGUACCCGGCUACUCCCCGCCGAGUCAGCUCCCAUUCGCGGUUACACAGCAGCGCCGUCACACAAUGUACAACGGUGCCGAGCUCGAAGCUGUUGAGAAGGCUGCCGAGUCCACUUUCAAGAACAUGGACAAGCGGCGCUCGCAGGAAGUCUGGUGUGCCAAUGGCCAGGCGAGGGAGGGGCUGAGUGCCACUGGCCGCGCUGUUGAGAUGCUCAAGCCGGCCCCUGCUCUCUGCGUCAUGGAGGACACGCGUCGCAACAGCGGAAUGCUGAAGCGCCUUCGUGGUGGCAUCGUAUCGAUGCUCGCUGGUGACAUCUCUGUCGUGGACGAGGAGAAGACAAUUGAAGGAGCCGCCACACAACUCCCUGCCGGCGCCGCAUCGCCGCCACACUCGACCGUUCGGAACAGCGGCAUCUCGCACGACGCCCACGACCAUGCCGUCGAGAUUCGGACGGCAUCGGUUGCUCGCCUUUCGGCUUCGCCCUCGUUCAUCCUCGGCCUCGAAGGACAGGAGGAGAAGGUAAACAGCCACUUGGGUUGGCUGCCGGCCGCACUCCUCCCUGCACUUCUCUCACCACGCAAGCCGGCUGAACAGAAGACAGCCAAGAAGUCUAGGUCUACGACCAGCCUCAAGAACGCUGUAACUAUGCGCAAGAAGAGCUCGGCCUCCAAGGUCGGCCUCGGCCGCUCCAAGCCGUCAACGAUCAAGUCGGUGCCGUCCGACAGCCAGCCAGACGUACGCCUCCCAUUCAGCCCGUCUCUCGACAACAUUGCCUCUGCGACGCCAUACUCGCACCGCCGCCGCAGUAGCAAGAAGCACCGCCGUAACUUCUCCUCGAUCGACCUCUCGACUGACAGCCACGCGCCGAUGAGCUCGACACCGUACGUCCGUGGCGGACACAUCCGCCAGGCAUCAAGCCUUUCGCUGCCAGCGGUUGAUUUCUCUCGCGGCGACUUCUUCUCGCGUCCAUCAGACAUGGGUGUUGAUCUGCCUCCUGUGCCGACUUUGACUCGCAUCUCCACGGCACCCUCGCAGCGCAUCUACAUGGACACGGCCGAGGCCAUCACCGCCUCCAACGAGAUGGACAUGAGCAUCGCCAACAAUGCUGCACUGGCACGUCUCCUGCUCGGGGACGACCCGGCUGCGGCUGCCGAAUGGGCGUCGCUGCAGAACACGUCUUUCAUGCGCGACGUUCUCAUCGCUCAGGCAUUCACCAACACCAGCGGCUACCGCAGUACGCCUGCGAGUGGCACCCCCGCGUCCCGCGCCCGCUCCAUCUCUGACAACGACACGUACGUUUCGUUUACAGUCGGCCCGAGACGUGCAAGGGCAAGCAUCGUCUACCGCGAGCCGCCUGUCGAACUGGUCGUGGCAGUUGGCGAUUCGGACAACUCUGCCAGCUACACCCCGCCUCGAGCCACCGCUUCGUUUGCCAACCAGGCGUCAUUCGUCACCGCGCCUACUACAAGUGGCACGGGCGAAAUGGAAAGUGUUGUCGAGAUGGACAGCUCUCAGGGAGACAGAUACACCACCUCGGCCGGCACAAGCUCGGGCAUCAAGGCCAGCCUGAGAUCGCUCCGCUCGUCGCCAAGCGUGAGAUCUAUUCAAUCUGUUCUGAGCCGCGCCAGAACCCUCUCAACCGCGUCGGGCACCAACUCGGAGCACGCCACGACGACCGACGAGUCCCUCGGUCCCUUCCCUCCUCCGCUGCCGCCGAUGCCGUCGCUCCCCGUCUACCUCUACAAGCCACCUGUGUCAGCCAACGUCCCCCUUCCAGCCGCUCACCCGCACCCUCCGCCCCUUGCCGCAUUCCCGCAGAACUCGCACACCGACUCCUACUUUGGCUCUCUGCCGUCGGCCCUCGACACUCAGGCCGACCGCCACCUCCAGCCCAAGGACUCGAACACGAGCAUCACUUCGGACACGUCGUUUGGCGAGACUUACAAGGCAACUGUUGGCCGUGCGAUACGAGCAAGCGUGAUUACACUGAGCACCGAGGCUCUUGGCUCGCUACCCGGUGCCCCGUUGUCGAGCGACAGCGGUCACGACAGCAGCGACGAUGGCGGCCACGGCGGCUCCAGCGACGCUGGUCACUCGACCAGGUCAAUGGUGGAACGCCCUCCGUCACCAACGCCAGACCGUGGAGCUCGUUCAAGUGUCCACCGCCCAUCAACCCCGGCGACUCCAACCGCCCAGUCAGGUCUCAGGCCACUCAGACUCGUCGAGGAAGUCGCCAAACGCAACUCGCUCAUCCAGGCGAAGCCAAGGAGCCCGUCUCCCACUGAAACCGAGUUCGAAACGCGUCCCCUUCCUCGUCCGCCGAGCCAGGCUAGCACCCGCGUCCUUGCGCCAGUGGACCGGCGCUACAGCGAGUACCGCGAGUCGCUCAUAUCGUCCCACCGCUUCUCCGUCGCGUCAAACCACGAGGUGCACGCCGGCGUGUCGGGCUACGAAGUCGGAACGGGACACCGUGCCAGCCCCUCGACCGAUACCUUUGGCCACCCGAAGCAGUCCAAGACUUCCACGCAGAGCGGGCGCAGCGCGCUGUCGGUGCUCUCGGAGAAGUCCAACUCCAUGGGCGGUUCGCGCGUCAGCCUCGUCAGUGUGGACAAGGAGAACGCGGGACCCGGCUACAUGCUUGGCGGACGGAAGCGCCGCAGCAAGGCUUCGAAUGGCCCAGUUAUCCGUGUGUAA